UGUAGAGGUCUCACUGCAUUGAGAAGAUUACACUUGUCAGCAUCGUUUGGAGCUGAAGGCGGUGAGAGUAAAGCAGAGUUCAAAACGGGAGCACUCUGUUGUAUUGUGGCCUCAAGGCCACUGGUAACAACCAAAUUGCCACCCCGCAGCGGAAGACAUGUUCUUCCAUCGCGUCAAGAUGAAGAAGCACUGCAAUGGCGGACUAAUAUCAGCUUCUCACCUGCUGUAUAUACCAGAGAUGGUUUGGAUCAGGAUACGAGCGAUGAUGAGAGUCACAGGUUUGGACUGUACUCGAGCACAAGUAGACGAAGUGAAACUUUGGAAUCCUGCUUUCAGCAAUCGCCAAGAUGGGCUUCGACCUCGUCUGCUUCUGGUGGGAUUGAACAGGACACUGUACCAAUAACAAAUAACUCAAAGCCGCAAUGCUUGGAUGAGGAGAAAAAUAUUGAUAGAGAAAGUACAGCGAGUUUCAGCUCGUUGCUGAAACUAUCACAACCAACAACUGCCUCACGGGUGACUCCAAGCAAGCAACCUUUAAGCCAUGCUCACUGUUCUUAUCCUCGAGUCUUCUGCAACCCGGUUUCAGAUUGUGAGAAUCCUGAACUUCAUCAUCCCCAAGAAGACGCAUUCACAGAUCCUGUUUCCAGUUUCAUGACGUCCACAAUAAACAACCAAGGCUCACAAGUAGAGGAAGCAUCAUCAAACUCUAGUAACAGCACGCUGCUAGAUGUGGAAAGAUCCAACGAAACACAAGCAGCAAACCAGAGACUUGAACCAGGUUCACUGACAAAAGCCACACAACAUAGAUGCGGGGUUUGCAAAAAGCUCCUAUCUCAGAAAUCUCCAUGGUGUUCUCACAAGAUACUGAGAAGUGGAGACAUGCCAGCUGCUGGUGUUUUCCCCUGCCACCACGUCUACCAUGUCGAAUGUUUAGACAAAGUGACCCCAACUUCUCAAACCCGAGAUCCGUCUUGUCCUGCCUGCUCAAAUACCAUCGGAGCAAUAGAGCAUGAACUGAUAGCGCCUGAGACGCUGCAACAGGCUCUAAGAUCUCUAAGAAGAAGCCACACAGCUCUGGGUUCAGAGCUGCUUAGUACCGACAAUCAAACAAGACAGCUUAGAAGAAGACAUAAAUGGGAAAAACUAAGCUGCUGUUUGAAUAUAAGCUUCCUAUCUUCUUCCUAAAAUCCAACGUGACCUUAUUCUAUUUAGGUUCCUCUAUAACUCAUACCUGGAUCUAGCUCAUAAGUGUAACCAUAUGUUUACUACCUACAUUGAUUUACUAUGCCAUUGUAACAACAAAUAAGGAUGAAUUUUUACUUGUAGACCAAAAUAAACUCUAUUCAAGACAGUUUGUAA